GAGUAACGUCAUAACAGCCGGAACAAAUAGUUUGUUAUAAAUACGAGCCUCUCUGACGGGGAGAUAUUACUGCUUAGACAUCUGCUCUUUCAGUAACAGCGUAUACUAUUGUCACGAUAGGCUUUGUUUGUUGAUCACUGAUAUUUUUCAUAGCAGAAGACAAAUACCAUGAAGCUCUUAUUGUUAUCGUGUUUGGUAGGCUUCUGCCUGGCAGAUAAUGUCUUAAGAUAUCAACCCCAUCGUCCUGCACAGGUCAACCUGGAACGUUUUAGAACAUGGAUCAUGGAGCAUAAAAACUUGAAAAGCUUUACUUGGUCAGAUUGUGGUAACAGCUCAUCAACUUUGAAAGUUAAGAACCUGAUUAUUGGACCUGAUCCAGUGGUCUUGCCUGGUGACCUCAAUAUUGGCUUCGAUCUUGAUAUAACAGAAGACUUUGAUGAUAGCCUUUCGGGUUCUGUGGAAAUAUACAAAAAGGUUGGAGCAGAAUAUAUUAAAAUUCCUUGCAUUGGAAAUAUUGGCUCCUGCGACUACGACGAUGUAUGUGGCUUAAUGGAACAAAUACCACAGUGUCCUCAACCAUUUAUUGACAACAAUAUACCCUGCAAAUGUCCAUUUAAAAAGAAUUCCUACAAGAUGCCAUCUUCUCAAAUUAAUGUUCCGGAAGAUCCUGUUCCUUCCGGAGAUUACAAAGCUACAGUUCUCUUGAAACACAAGCAAGCAUUUGCUGGCUGUUUGAAAGUUGCUCUGAGUAUUUCUUAGGUUGGUUGUUGCCAGUUACACAGCAUUCCAGAUUUGCACUGUGCUUAUAUACAGACGUUCCUUUGGAAGAGAAGCUUACAUAUUUAUACUUUUAUAAAUAAAAUUGCAAUUUCUUAUAUAAAAAAA